AUUUUACGGAAAUGAGUCCCCCUAAGUAAGUAUGAAUUUGGCAGCAGAAGACGGCACUGCAGUCUGCAGUAGCAGCGAAGCAAAGAAAUAGAGGAGAAUAAAAAUAAAAUACAUCAGCGUUCAGCACUGCCACUCACUCACUCACUCUGGAUCUACGAAGAAGAAGAUGGAUUCCGGUGGUGGUUCAGGUCCGAGUCUGUUUCCGUUGCAUCGUUGCAAAACCAUUCACCUGGUGAGGCACGCGCAGGGGAUCCACAACGUCGACGGUGACAAGAACUACAAAGCCUACAUGAAUCCCGAUUACUUCGAUGCUCAUCUCACUCCCUUGGGGUGGAACCAGGUUCAUUAUUUGCGAAACCAUGUUCGUCACUCCGGCCUUUUAAACAGGAUCGAUCUCGUCAUUGCAUCUCCCUUGUUGAGGUUUCAUUCAUUCAAACUACCUUUACCUUUACAAUAUACUAAUAUACCUUGUGUUUCUACGGCUUUGGCUCGUUGGAACGUUAUGAUUUUGUCGUUUAAAAGGUGUCUUGGUGGGUUAACGAAGGAGAGUGUUUAUAAAAUAAAACUUAGCCUCGAUUCUUAAGCGAUGUGUGACUUUUAGGCAUACCAGAACAAACUCCCUAGUCGAUGCUAAGGGGCAAGAGUGGCCUAGGCCCUCCUUCUAGCGUCAAAUGUUCCUACGUAAGUCUGUUACCGCAUCUGAGGUAUUGUCUGUUUUGACACUUGUUAGGCCGGUUUUGUCCUUUAAAAGGCGUCUCAGUGGGUUAAGGAGGGAUGAUGUUUAUAAACUACCCUUAGCCUCGACUCCUAAGCCAGAACACCUUGUUAUGAAUGUUACGUGUUUCAGUUAAUUUACUGUUCCAUCCCUACAUCUAGCAAGAGUGGCCUAGGCUCUCUUUCUAGCGCCAAAUGUUCCUACCAUAAGUCUUUUACCGCAUUCGAGGUAUUCUCCGCUUUGAUACUUGUUGGGCCAGUUUUGUCCUUUAAAAGGCGUCUCAGUAGGUUAAGGAGAGAUGAUGUUUAUAAACUACCCUUAACCUCGACUCCUAAGCGAUAUGAGACUUUUAUGCAUACCAGAACACCUU